ACAACUUGUUAAAUAUAUCAAUCGGCCUCAAGUAUCAGAUGUAACGAACUAUUUUUCGCUGUAUUUGUGAAGGAAAAAUAAUGUCGUCUGCGAAAGGAUUUUAUCUUUUGGUUAUAUUAGCGGCAGCACUUCCGGUCACAGAGAGCUGGAGAUGGGACUUUGAUUGGAGUACGGAGGAGCCGGCUAACUGCCCACACAACAGCACCGAAACAAACAUUUGCUCCUCUUUGGUAUCAAUGAACGGCACGUGCGUCUCGAUUAAAUGUUGCCACGAAUUCGACGAUGACGAUGAAUACGAUUAUUAUGACGACAGUAUGGCCGAGUCCGAGGAAGAAAACGUCUACUAUUUCGGACGGGUUUCAGGAUGCAGAAUGUGUUUCUCGGUGAGUAGAUGCUCAGUCUACAAAUGCUAUGAAAGGUGUUGUUUUGGCUACGAGGAAGAUUAUUAUGGGCGAUGUCGUAAUCACACCGGUCACAUGCAGUGCCAGAAUGGUGGAACACCUCGGAAGGUUUACCAUGACUAUUACUGCGUCUGUCCAGCAGGAUUUGAAGGGAAAAGUUGUGAAAUCCCAAUUUGUCAAUGUGAAAAUGGCGGUGAUUGUGUUGUGAAGGAUGGCAGACCAUAUUGUAACUGUUCAGUUGGUCAUUAUGGAGAGAGAUGCGAACAAACACGAUGCGAGAUGUCAUGUAUGAACGGAGGCACGUGUUUAAGAAAUGACACCCUCGAGUACUGUUUCUGUCAUGAAAAUUACGUAGGAAAAUAUUGUGAACAUUAUUUCAAUCAGCCUGAAAUGUGCCCGGUGCCAGUUGGCGAACAACCCUACUGUGCUACUUACUGCACGAGAAACAGUGACUGUGGAAUAGAUGAAGUCUGUUGCAAAGAAGGUUGUACUACCACGUGCCGAAGGAAGAAAGUUGAUUAUUGUGAAUACUUGGGCAGACAAUACGAAAUCGGCCAGUUUAAACCGAAUGAUUGCGAAAACUGCACGUGCAUGUACAAUGGGGACUUUACGUGUACAUCUAUGUCAUGCGCGACCAUUAAGUGUCGAGAUGGGAGGGAUCCGAUUACCAAACCAGGACAGUGCUGCCCGACAUGUCCAGAAACUCCAUCCCGUGUACCACCGACGCUCUAUAGGUGUCCUACCGGUGUUCUCCGUUUAAACACAACUUAUUACGAGGAUUAUUCAUGGAUUGAUCAAGAGAAUACCCACAUCCUGGCAUGGGAUUCAGAGAACGCACCAUUGGAGGUGAGAUUUGAGCCACGGUUUGUAAAACACUGUCAUUGCAAGGACGCUUCCAGAAAAGUGUCCGUCAUCAAGGCGUUUGCAACAGAUAAAUACGGGAACAUGGCUAUAUGUACAUUCAAAGUUACUGUACACGAUAUAUUUGCACCAAUAUUUAAAUCAUGCCCGGAAGACAUCUACGUUUUCGAGAAUUAUCCUGUUCGUUGGAAGGAGCCAAUCUCUUAUGAUAAUGUAGGCGUGGCUUACAAAACCUGCUCAGACCUGAACGGAAAAGUACUUCCGGUUGGCGUGUACCCAUUGACAUAUCAUAUACAAGAUUAUGACAGAAACUCUGCCUUCUGUAGAUUUCGCAUAUCUGUCACACCAGAAGACGCAUCCAUUGAGGACAUGCCGCAAGGACUCAAGAAUCGAUCAAAGGACAAACCACAAACUAUGUUGAUAAUUGCACCGAUCAUUGGCGGUAUUUUCCUAGUUCUUUUUGCGGUGAUGGUGUUCUUAUGCUGCAAACGACGAACCGCACGUCAUCAAGGUCCACCAACGCCCGCUUAUGACAACAAUAUCUACGCAACCCCAUGUGAUAUAGACAUCAAACUUCCUGCAUACAGUGACCUUCCGAUGAAUCCUCCAGCUUAUAGCAUCACCGGAAGUGAGAAAGACGUAGAGUACAUGUCAGUGGCGCCACCUAGCUACACAAAUCCCGGUUAUGAAACGCUGAAAGUGCAUGUGGGGAGGUCGGGGUCUGUGAAGUCGAACAAAUCUGAUCAAUCUGAGAGAGUGCCAGACGAUACGAAAUAAAUAUUAAAAACUUUAACAAUAAGCUUAUUUUUGUACCAACGCCUGUUUCUGUCUAGAAUGACUUUCAAUGAAGACUAGAACGCUUUUUGGCAGAAGUUUGUCUGUUGCACUGAUUCGAUCAAAUGCUGCAUGAUCUUCGGUUCGUUUCAAUUACGAAGUUGUACAUAGAAAUCUUGUUAUUUUUUAUAGUUGUUAGAUUUGUCAAUUGUAAAAUGCUGGACGUUUUGCUUACAUUAAUAUGUUAUGAUUUUGAUUUAUUUUUUACGUUUAGAUCUAAAGAUUUCAAAUAAUAUAUUUUUUUUAUAGGAGAAAAUGACAGUAUGGGUGCUUCUUGACUUUGGGCAAUGCUUUAGACAUUUCAUUGUCAAAAUAUAAAUUCGUAUAAAUUGACAUUUUCUUGGGAUGGAAGUAAGAUAUGCCUCAUGAAUAUGUCUUAAAUCUGCAUGCCUCCAGAUGUGUCAAAAUAUUUCAAGAAAAAAAAAACUUAAGAAAAAUGUAAUAAGAUUUUAAGAAAAGUAAAAAGAUUUAAUUAAGUUAUAAUUUAUAUAUUAUAAACGAUUAAUUAAUGAUUCUGCAGUAUUUUUCACAUUAUUUCUACUACUUGACUAACGCAGUAAGGGGGCUAUGUUUUGCCUAUUUUGACCCCGCUUUUUGUCAUUUAUGUGGCACGUUAGUGCCGUUAGCAAUGUUUAAAUAACUUAUUUUGUUCACUUCACAAUAUCUUACCUUUAUAAUACAUAUUCAAAAUUUUCAUUAAAAUUAGCAUGAAUCUGGAGGCAUGAUGCUUCAUAAUGGUACAUCGACAUCAAAGAGAAUGUUUAACAUAACUUAUCAAUCGUGGCUAAGUCAUUAAUUAUGUAUUAUAUUUAUAUAUAAUGAUUUUCUAAAUAGUUAUUGUUGUUUUGCUAUUGGAAAUUUUCUAACUAUUUUGCUUUUUGUAAUUAAUUUGUUGUUUUUAAUACAUUUGUAUAUAAAUUUGUUGUUUUUAAUACAUUUGUAUAUAUAUGUUGUUUUUGAAAAUUGCAAAUAUUGAAUUAGAUAAUGUAUUCUUAUUAUUAUGCUUUACUUACAAAAUAUUUGUAGUUUGUUAAAGUAAAAAACUGCUUUGAUACCCAGCUGUUUUGUUAUUUUUAUGUCUUUAUUUCAGCCUUGCUGCCAAAAAAUCUUAUCUUCUUAGAUAUUGUUGGAAUGCUCUAUAGAAAUUAUCUCCCUUGAUCAUUGACGCCGCUUCACGAAAAUGUGCGUUAGGUCAGCACAACUAAAUUAAACAAAACAACAAUAUUGUGUUUAAUAGGUAGUAGUUUUUAAAAUAUUUGAAUUAAAUUUUUAUAGGGAAAUAAUGGAAAUAGGAAAAAUCUUUCAGUUCAUUUUUAUACAGUACCCAUCAGUCAUGAGUUGCUAUGAUAAGUUCAAAAUUGUAUUCGCAGCUGGCGUACCCACGUUACUUUUGGACAAAGGGUACGGCGGCAAAAUCUUUCAAAAAUUGUGAAGAAAAUGUAUGAACUCAAGAUAUUGUUCAUAAACCCCCUACACGGAAAGCACUUCCUCGGAUGCCUGUUUGAAGUAUGUAUAUGAUUGUAUAAAAUUUCUUCUCGACUGAUUUAGCUGAUGGAAAAUUUUCUUAACAAUCAGUUUGGAAACAAAUAAACCUAGUGAACUUAA